UAUCAAGCAUGACCGCAUCUUCGCUCUUUGCCUGAAUCAGCUAGCAGUGCAAGUGCAAAAGUGGCGUUUUUCGCAUUUUUAUCGCAAUUUUCCGGUGUAAAUCGUGUGCUAAUCGAUUUGAAUUUACGCUAAAGUUUAAGCGUAGUUAGUGAAAAGCAGUUUCCGCCAGUUUGCAUCCAGUGAAAGGUGUUGUUUGUGAGGAAAAAUCGUUGUUUGAAAAAGUGUUCCCCCUAUCGAUUUUCACCGGAGCGCACGACAGGCGUAAUGGCGGCGACCAAAGAUAUAAAAUCGUUCUUCCAUGAAUGGUGCCAGAAAAAUAACAUGUCGCCUUCGUUCGAGGUGCGACCGACUGGUCCCAAAAGCCGGCAGCGCUUCCUGUGUGAGGUGCGCGUUCAAUCGGAGGCCUACGUCGGUGCCGGUAAUUCCACCAACAAGAAGGACGCCGAACGUAACGCUUCCCGGGACUUUGUCAACUAUCUGGUUCGCACGGGCAAAGUUGCCGCAUCGGAUGUCCCCUCGGAUUCGGACAGCGGCUUCGGCGGCGGUGCUGGCGAUGGUGGUGCUGGAAACGGUGCUCCUUCAUCCGGAGGAGGACCACCAUCGCUGAUGAACAUCAAUCCGGCCAGGGUGUUCCAGAGUGGGUUGGGUCCCUCGGACCUUGGCCAGGCCUACCGGCCGUUUGUACGUGACAACACGUACACUCCGUCCAAGGAGGAACUGGCCGAGGAGCAAGCCAUCAUGGAAUCGGCCGAGUCGCUCGAUGUCAACGCCGGAAUCCACGGCAACUGGACCAUCGAGAACGCCAAGGCCAAGCUGAACCAGUGGCUGCAGAUGAACAAGAUGAAUCCGGAGUACAAGUACACGGCCGUUGGUCCGGAUCAUGCCAGGAGCUUCAUGGCCGAAAUGACCUUCUUUGUCAAGCAGUUGCGCCGUAAUAUCACUGGUCGUGAAUCCGGUUCAAACAAGCAAUCGGCCAGCAAGUCCUGCGCCCUGUCGUUGGUUCGCCAGAUGUACCAUUUGGGCGUUAUCGAGGCCUAUGGUGGCAACUUGAAAACUGCAAAGAACCAGGAGCAGUUGAAGCCCUUCCCGGUUCGCAUUUCGCAACAGCUGGAGCAACGCAUCGAGCGGUGUCUGCAGGACGUGGAGAUCCAACCGGUGAACAUCGAACAAAAGGGUGAUCCCAGCGAGCCAAUCAGUUUGUUGCACCCCUCGGACGAUGUGCACUACAAACCGCAAUCGGUAAACCUGAACCAACAGGCUUCGGUUAUUCCGUGGUCCCCACCGAUUCCGAACUGGAACCCCUGGACAGCGUGCAACAUCGAUGAGGGCUAUCUGGCUACGGCCACACUGGAUCAGCUUAGCGAAGAUUUGAUGAACGGCGCUCGGGAACGGGCUCAGCAGGAUAAGGAGCUGCAGGAGCGUAUGAGGGCUCGUACCGAACUUCCCAUUGCCAACAUGCGGAACGCGAUUAUGGAAGCGAUCAACGAACAUCCGGUGGUGUUGAUCCGGGGUAAUACCGGCUGCGGCAAGACGACGCAGAUUGCGCAAUUCAUCUUGGAGGAUUACAUCAACUCCGGCCAGGGAGCGUACUGCAACGUGGCCGUGACGCAGCCGAGAAGGAUCAGUGCCGUGAGCGUGGCCGAGCGAAUUGCAAAUGAACGAUGCGAGAAUUUGGGCGAGGCCGUUGGUUACUCUGUGCGAUUCGAGUCGGUUCUGCCGAGGCCGUACGGUUCCAUUAUGUUCUGUACGAUUGGGGUGCUGCUGAGGAAGCUGGAAGCUGGAUUGCGCGGAGUGUCGCACGUUAUCGUGGACGAGAUUCACGAACGGGACGUCAACAGCGACUUCAUCCUUGUGGUCCUUCGUGACAUGUUGCACACUUAUCCGGAUCUGCGCGUUAUCCUUAUGUCUGCUACCAUCGAUACUACGCUGUUCUCUGACUAUUUUGGAAAUUGUCCUUGCAUCGAGGUCGUGGGACGGACUUUCCCCGUGGACCAGUACUUCCUGGAAGAUUGUAUCCAACUGGUGAACUUUGUUCCACCCAUGGACAAUAGGAAGCGCAAGCGUGGCGGAAAUGGUGGAAAGGAUGAUGACGAGGAAGGUGGCGAGGAUGCCACGGUCAAGAUUACCGGUGAAGCGGACACUUCCAAUCUGAACACGGUUAUUGAUGAGCACAAGUACUCUGUCUCGACGAAAAACGCCAUGGCUCGUCUUUCGGAAUCGGAAGUGUCGUUCGAGUUGAUCGAGACAUUGCUGAACUUCAUCGAUGCGCAGAACGUUCCCGGAGCUGUGCUGGUUUUCUUGCCCGGCUGGAAUUUGAUUUUCGCUCUGAUGAAGUACCUCCAGAGCAAACCGCAAUUCAGCGGAUCGAAGGCUAUCAUUUUGCCGCUGCAUUCGCAGCUGCCCCGCGAGGAUCAGCGGAAGGUAUUUGACCAUUUCGGAAAUGUGCGAAAAGUUAUCUUGGCUACGAACAUUGCCGAAACGUCGAUCACCAUCGAUGAUGUGGUGUACGUGAUCGAUGUGUGCAAGGCCAGGAUGAAGCUGUUCACGUCGCAUAACAACAUGACCAGCUAUGCCACAGUUUGGGCCGCCAGGACAAAUUUGGAACAAAGAAAGGGUCGCGCCGGUCGUGUCCGUCCCGGAAAGUGCUUCACGCUUUGCUCUCGCGCUCGCUUUGAGAAACUGGACGAGCACAUGACACCGGAAAUGUUCCGUACUCCGUUGCACGAGCUUGCCCUGAGCAUCAAACUCCUGCGCCUGGGUUCGAUUGGCCAGUUCUUGUCCAAGGCCAUCGAGCCGCCACCGCUGGAUGCCGUCAUCGAAGCCGAAGUCAUGCUCAAGGAGAUGAAGUGUCUGGAUAUGAAAGAAGAGCUAACACCGUUCGGACGCAUCCUGGCUCGUCUACCGAUUGAACCGAGGUUGGGCAAGAUGAUGAUCCUGAGUACACUGUUCGGGGUGUGCGACCCGGUCUCGACAAUGGCUGCCUUUUCGGGAACGUUCUCGGAAAUUUUCCAGCUGGACGUUGGACAGCGGCGUUUGAUGACCCACCAGAAGGCACUCAGCGGAAAGAGGAACUCGGACUACGUUGCCAUGCUGACCGCUUACAGGAUGUGGGGCGAGAAGCGUCGCCGCGGCGAGGAAGCGGAAAUCCAAUUCUGCGAAUGGAAGGGCCUGCAGCUGUCCACGCUCCGUGUGAUGUCGGAAGCCAAGCGCCAACUGUUGGAGCUGCUCUCGCAGGCCGGCUUCCCCGAGGAGACCAUGGUCGAGAUGGGUUUCGACCAAAACGAUGACGAUCCCCGGCUGGAUAUGGCUCUGUCGCUGCUGUGCGUGGGCCUGUAUCCGAAUGUGUGCAUCCACAAGGAGAAGCGCAAGGUGCUGACCACGGAAUCGAAGGCCGCCCUGAUCCACAAGACGUCCGUGAACUGCAGCAAUCUGCAGGUGACGUUCCCCUAUCCGAUGUUUGUGUUCGGCGAGAAGAUCCGUACCCGGGCCGUUUCCUGCAAGCAGAUGUCGAUGGUGGCGCCGAUCCACAUCCUGCUGUUCGGAAGCAAGAAGGUCGAGUGGGUGGACAACAUGGUCCGUAUCGAUAAUUGGAUGAACUACGAAAUGGACCCGCAUCAGGCGGCGCUGAUUGUCACAUUACGCCCAGUGCUGCAGGAUCUCCUGAUCAGGGUUUCCGAGAAUACCGAAGAGGCGAAUGCCUUGGAAGAACGCUACCAGAAUCUGAUCGAUGUGGUCAAAGAUCUGUGCGCUUUCAAUGCCGGAGAUGAGGGAAUCAAACGGGAAACUGGGUUGAGUCCGCUGGAUCAGGCUCGCUCCAACGCGAAUAAGUUCCCACGGUCGGAUAAUGGUGGUGGAGGUGGCGGAUUUGGUGGCAAUCGCGGUGGAUUUGGGGGUAAUCGUGGAGGAUUUGGGGGAGGAUACGGUGGAAACCGUGGCAGUUACGGAGGAGGCCGAGGAAGUUAUGGAGGAGGCUAUGCAGGAAACCGAGGAGGUUUCGGUGGUGGCGGCCGACGUUGGUAAUUUUGAGGUAGGUAUCUUGCAAGGAAAACAUAUUUUCACAUGAUUCCAAUGUUCAAAUGAUAAAGAUUUAGACGAGAUUGCAGAGACCAGGAUGGCAAUGCUUUGAAAAAUUGACUCUAACUUAUCAACUUAGUAAUUUUAAGUGACCAUUUUUCUCAUAAUAAUGGUAAUAUUUGUAGUGGAUACAAUGGCUAAUGGAAAGUUGAAAUAUCCAUGCCUGUUUGUAUUGAUGUUUGAAUUUCAUGAUGACAUGCCUAUUUGUGGCAAUUAUGAUAAAAAGAUACAUGAAAAUUUAAAAUAAAGCAUAACCAAACAAUA